AUGCCUCGUGUUCUGAAGCAAGCCCCCAAGCGAAAAUCCCGCCCGCGCCACUUCACCCCACCUUCUGAUCUUGUUCACAGCCCCGGGAACAAGGAGAACUACACCAUUCCGAAGACACCAUCACACUGUGGAGUAUUCUGGGGCAAGCUCUAUGCACAACACUGGGGCAGAACCGCCACAGCUGAAGAUAUUCAGAUUAUCACUGGUGUAUCUAAGGACUCUCAGCACACAAUUCUAGCAUCAAAUCAGCCAAGAUCACAUCACAACCAAGGGCAUGAGUUAAGAGGUCGCAAAAGAGCUCUUUCUCCUAGCGACACUGCACGAAUUGCGAGCCUGGUGAAGGAUAGAGAGAUAUACCCAAAAGAAUCAAGUCAGCGCCAUGGGAGGAUCUUGCUAUUAACGCCGGUGCUGAGCCCCCAGAAACCUGGCAUUUCAAGCCCCCUGAGUACCGGGCUUGUGAAGCACAGUCAAUUCUCAGGGCAUGCAAGAAGGAUGAAGGAAUUGGCAACUAUAUUAUGGAAGAAGAAACCCAUAGAAUCAAGCGACCAAAAGGCAACUUCUGGCGCCAUCAACCAGAAUUGCACGAUUACUGAUUUCGGCUGCGCCUCGGAGGAAAAGGAAAUUGAGUAUGAUUGGCCAGGGACGGUACCUUAUUUGGCUCCUGAACAAGUUGAAAAGCAAACCCACGGUCCUCCUGUCGACUGUUUGGCUUGUGGCCUAAUCGGGUCAGAACUGAUUCGUAGACCACGAAGUACUGGCCGACUUUGGCCAGGGGAACAGCUAGAAAUACUCCAGACAUGGCUAUCAGAGUCUAACUCUUCGAUUGCCGAUUGCUGCGAGGCCAUGCUAGAUCCUCACCCCAACUCGCGUAUGACGAUCAAACAAGCGGUUGCUCAGAUUAAGAGUAAUCGAAACCAAGAGACAGUGGCAGUGUUCACUGCAAGUCAUAAUGAGGAAGUGAGCAAGAAAAGGAGAUAUUGA